AUGAGCUCCUCCGAUUGGCCGCCAGGUAAUAACGAAGCCAAAGAACGCUUUGGGGAUGACUUCGAGAAGCUUCAUAUCGCAAGCCGGCUUUCCAUCGGGAAAGCAAAGCAGUUAGCCAAUGUCGACCCGGUAGUGAUGCCAAUCUACCAAUCGACCACCUAUCGCUUCAAGACUGUGGCUCAAUGGGACGAGCCAAACCACGGCUCGAAUUAUGUGUAUAGCCGCUGUGGAAACCCGACGGUCGAGAACGUAGAAGUGGUGCUGGCCGAUUUGGAAGGAGCCGCCGCCACGAUGGUUUACAACUCUGGGUUGGUUGCGGUGUCGGCCGUUCUUCUGGAAUUUCUCUCGGCUGGGGAUCAUGUGGUGUGCAUGAAGCCGCUUUAUUCCGGGACCUACUCGUUUAUGACGGAAACUUUGGUGCGUUUCGGCGUGGAUUUCACGUUCGUUGACGUCGAGAAAGAGCAGGAUUAUGCCGUGGCUGUCGAAAAGGCGAUCACCGCGAAGACAAAGCUCAUCUACAUGGAAGUCAUCGCUAACCCGUCAAUGGCCGUCCCGGAUAUCCUCGGCAUCAUCGAGUUGAAGAACAAGCGCAACGAUUUGAAGAUGGUCGUCGACGCCACGUUCGCCUCGCCCUACUUGCUCCAGCCGCUCAAAAUCGGCGCCGACUUUUCGCUGCACAGCUGCUCGAAAUACGUGGGCGGGCACUGUGAUGUGAUAGCCGGCUGUGUGAGUUGUGCCUCGUUGCAAGACUGGACGCGGCUAAAGGUGCAACAGUUGACAACGGGCAGUGCAUUGAGCCCCGUUGAUGCAGCGCUGCUGACGCGCGGCCUGAAGACCUUGGCGAUCCGGAUGGAUAAGAUCGGCCAGAACGCGAUGGCCCUGGCCCGCCACCUCGACGCCCAUCCCAAGGUAUCACACAGCUAUUACCCUGGCCUACCCUCCCACCCGCAACACAAAAGCGCGGCGAAACUGUUCCCGCAUGCCAACUUCUCGGGAAUGAUCGGCUUCGACGUGGGCACCGAGGAAAAGGCGAUCAAACUGAUCGAGAACCUACGCCUGAUCACGUUGGCCGUGUCGUUAGGCGGAACAGAAUCGCUGAUCGAGCAUCCGUUUGCGAUGAGCCAUGGCAAGCAGUUGCUCCGGAAUGAGGACGAGCCGCCGAUGGUAGCCCCUGGGCUGCUGCGCUUCAGUGUGGGCUUGGAGAACGCGGAUGAUCUGAUCGCCGACCUCGACCGAGCCCUGGCACUGAUU